UCGAACAACCUGGAGAUCCGGACACACCUGUGUCCCUUGCUGACUCCCAUUUUGUCACCCGCGUACUCACGCGUCUCCUCACCUGUCCUCCCUCACAAUAUCUCCCCCGUCUCUCUAACUGGCAAUAUCAUGGCUGGCAUUGCAUCCAGGCUGCAGCACAACCGUGACAGGGACCACGGUAUUGGUACCAACAGCCAGGCCAUCAGUUACCUGAACCAGGACUACGAGACUCUGCGGCAGCACUGCCUUGAGAGCGGACGGCUUUUCUACGACGAUACGUUCCCGGCUGAGAUCUCCUCCUUGGGAUUCAAAGAGCUGGGUCCCGGCUCAUACAAGACCCGCGGGGUGACCUGGAAAAGACCCACGGAGCUGACCUCUAAUCCUGAGUUCAUUGUGUCUGGAGCCACAAGGACGGACAUUUGUCAGGGAGCGUUAGGUGACUGCUGGCUGCUAGCCGCCAUUGCCUCUCUGACCCUAAAUGAAGAAGUUCUGGCUCGGGUUGUUCCACAUGGACAAAGCUUCACAGAUGGAGAGUACGCUGGGAUCUUUCAUUUCCAGUUCUGGCAGUUUGGUGAGUGGGUGGACGUGGUGGUGGACGACCGUCUUCCGGUCAGGGACGACGAGCUGUUGUUCGUCCACUCAGCGGAGGGGUCGGAGUUCUGGAGUGCUCUGCUGGAGAAGGCCUACGCCAAGGUAAACGGCUCGUAUGAGGCUCUCUCUGGAGGAUCCACCACUGAGGGUUUUGAAGACUUUACUGGAGGAAUAGCGGAGAUGCACGACCUGGCACGCCCGGAUCCACACUUGUUCCACAUCCUGAAGAAAGCUUUGGACCGGGGUUCUUUGAUGGGCUGCUCCAUUGAUAUCACGAGCUCAGCUGAUUCUGAGGCCGUCACGUCCAGGAAGCUGGUGAAAGGCCACGCCUACUCAGUGACAGCUGUAGCUGAGGUGGAGUACAGGGGGGAGAUGGUGAAACUGAUCCGAAUCAGGAAUCCCUGGGGUCAGGUGGAGUGGACUGGAAGCUGGAGUGACAAUUCGUCACAGUGGGACUACAUCAGCGAUGAGGACAGAGAGCGUCUGAGUCACCGCUCAGAAGAUGGAGAGUUUUGGAUGUCAUUCACAGACUUCCUGCAACAGUACUCGAAGGUCGAGAUCUGCAACCUGACUCCAGAUGCACUGAAUGAUGACACCGUUACCAAGUGGGCGUUGGCCAAGUAUGAGGGCAGCUGGAGGCGGGGCUCUACAGCAGGAGGAUGCAGGAAUUACCCCGACACAUUCUGGACAAACCCACAGUUUGUGAUUCGACUGGACGAUGAGGACGACGACCCUGAUGACAACGAGGCUGGCUGCAGCUUCAUAGUGGGUCUGAUCCAGAAGAACCGCAGAUGUAUGAGGAAGAUGGGCGAGGACAUGCACACCAUCGGCUUCGCCAUCUAUGAGGUUCCUGAGGAGUUCCAAGGCAAGCGCAACAUCCACCUUCACAAGGAAUACUUCCUGUAUCAUGCGUCCAAAGCACGCUCGGAAACCUUCAUCAAUCUGCGUGAGGUCUGCAAUCGCUUCUGUAUGCCACCAGGGGAGUACCUGCUCGUGCCCUCCACCUUCCAACCAGACCAGAAUGGAGACUUCUGCGUGAGGGUGUUUUCGGAAAAACAGGCCGAGUUCCAAGAAUUGGAUGACCCUAUUGAGUCAAGAGUGGAAAAGAUUGAAAUUGACGAAGAUGACGUUGAUGAUCGAUUCAAGAGUUUGUUUGGUCAGCUAGCAGGAGGGGACUGCGAGAUUAGCGCCUUUGAGCUGAAAAACAUCCUCAACCGCGUAGUCACAAAACGAUCCGACAUCAAGACCAGCGGCUUCAGCCUCUCGACUUGUCGCAACAUGGUCAACCUUUUGGAUAAAGACGGCACCGGGAAACUCGGUCUGGUGGAGUUCAAAAUUCUGUGGACUAAAAUUGAUAAAUGUCUGAAUAUCUACCGUGAGAAGGAUGUGGAUAAUUCUGGUACAAUGAGCUCCACAGAGAUGAGAGAAGCUGUCGAGAAGGCAGGCUUCAGUCUGAACAACCCUCUUCAUCAGAUCCUGGUGGCUCGUUACAGUGAAGCCGAUCUUACCAUCGACUUUGACAACUUUGUCAGCUGUUUGAUUCGUCUGGAGACCAUGUUUGACACAUUCAAUACAUUGGACAAAGAUGAAUCUGGAACCAUUGAGCUGAACCUCCUGGCGUGGCUGAAUGUGACACUCGUCUGAAGACCUUGGUCCAGGACUUGGAGACACACAUGUAUCUGGAGCUGCCACACUACAGGGGGAGGUGUAUUAGGUUUAUUCUAGUUUGAACAAUUUUUUUUCCCAAUAUUAUAAAUAUAUGAAGUAUCAACAAAUAAAGCAUCAAUGAUGACAA